UAGUGACUUUCUUUGUCCUCUUUCACCUAUCGAGGAUCAUCGGUAUACUCCGAAUAUCCUCCUUCAAAUCCACGCCAAGUGAUGUAGGAUGCUGAAUUACAAAUGACAUGAGGAGCGUCAUUUGUUAUUGCCGUAAUACCAACUAUUUGAUAUAACUAAGCUCACCAUGAUUUCUCUCACGGCGGAUACAUAAUACCCAAGCUAGGUUAGCUUUGAAAAGAGUUUGAAUUGGGUUAUUGGCUUUGCUAACUAUUAGAUGUCUUCGAGUACACGUUAAUUCUAUCGCUGGGUCCUCAAUACCACUAUUGGUAUAGCUCAAGACGAAUGCCCAGACCUCAUUCUUUACACUGCCUCCAUUUAAACAUCCAAGAUGCCAUACACCGCAUUAUUUCAUCUAUUUGCCCUAUAUAUCACCCAAGUAGCAUCCUCUUCACAAUACACAAUUCCGCUUUCACACGAGGUCUGCGUAUCUCAAGACUCUCCAAAUCAGCAUUCUCAGCAAUACCCAACACUUGUUAGCGGGAAUUUGAACGGAACUACGUUGAUCGUCCCCAUAUCUCUUGAAAUCGCGCGUCAGGUUAUUCCUAAUGAGUAUGGAAUUCUUGAGGAGGCGUACAGAACACUUCUGCCUUCGUUCCCAGAUGGGAUGUAUCCAAUGAUGGCGCAGAUAGUGCACGAUCAUGACCUCCAAUUGCCCGCUUAUAACGCUUCCUUACCAGACUUCUCGCGUGCUUCUCUCGAGUUUCCGUUCCUAGAUAUCUUUGGCGGUGGUUUUACUCCCUUCCGGUGGGCCGCAACGUUCAUGAUUUCGGCGGAAAACCAACUCGCCAUUGGGGGAGCAGAGAGCUACGGCGCGGAUGUCCACCCAUCAACCUUUGAUCCCCCUUGUGACGCUUACAAGAACUUACCUGGCGGUACUACAUACGCGCAUAGCCGGAGCAACAACAGGACACGGGAUGUAUAUAUGACCAUAGAGUCGUCGCAAUCUUGGGGAAAUGUUCCGUACCCUCUGGAUUUCAUCAAGAACAUUACCAACCAACCUGUUUUCGCGAACACCCGAGCUUGCGAUUACUACACGAGACUGUUCAAUACGACGCUUUCGAAUAGUGCAGAGCCAGUUGUGGGUAGUGUAAGCGUGAACAUGGAACCUUUUAAAGAACCCAAGGUAUGGAGCGGUGUGUACGGAUGGCGACUGGCAACCCCAUUUCUUGAACCACCAGCAUUUUCCGAAUGUAAGCCGACGACUUAAAUCUACUAUGG